AUGGGCGGCUUCACGGCGGACACGGUGGUGUGCGUCACCGGCGGCAGCGGCUACCUCGGGAGCUGGCUCGUCAGGAAGCUCCUCGGCAGAGGCUGCGUCGUCCACGCCACCCUGCGGAGCCUCGCGGACGAGAAGAAGACGGGGCUGCUCCGGGCGCUCCCCGGCGCGGCGGAGCGGCUGCGGCUGUUCGAGGCGGACAUGUACGACGCCGACACCUUCGAGCCCGCCAUCGCCGGCUGCCACUUCGUCUUCCUCGUCGCCACGCCCUUGGCGCACGACCUCACCAGCACCAAGUACAAGAACACGACGGAGGCCGCAGUGGACGCGGUGCGCAUCAUCCUCCGGCAGUGCGAGCGGUCCGGCACGGUGAAGCGCGUCAUCCAAACGGCCUCGGUCACGGCCGCCUCGCCGCUCAAGGAGGACGGCAGCGGGUACAAGGACUUCGCCAACGAAUCCAACUGGACGCCGCUCAACCUCUCCUACGAAUUCAGCAACGCUCACCUGGACGAUUACGUGUGGUCCAAGUCGCUGUCGGAGAAGGAGCUGCUGAGCUACAACGACGAGUCCUCCAAGGAUCAGGCCCGGCCGCUGGAGGUGGUCACCCUGGCGUGCGCGCUCGUCGGCGGCGACACCAUCCAGACGUACCUGUGGAGCAGCAUCCCCGUGAUCGUGGCGCCGCUGACGGGGCAGGCGAUCUACCACAACGCCCUCCUGUUCCUGCAGGCGCUGCUGGGCUCCGUGCCGCUGGCGCAUAUAGAGGACGUCUGCGAGGCGCACGUCUUCUGCAUGGAGCAGGCGUCCAUGGCCGGCCGCUUCCUCUGCGCCGCAGGGCACCCCAACAUGCGGGACAUCGUCGACCACUUCGCCGCCAAGCACCCUGACCUCAAGGUACAGCUGACGGAGGUGACUGGGGAAGGGGUCAGGAUUGUGCCCAACACCAGCAAGCUGGAGGACUUGGGGUUCAGGUUCAAGUACGGAGUGGAGGAGACGCUGGACUGCAGCGUCGAGGAAGCAUUCUUUGACUACGCCAAGCAUUGCAAGAUUUUACUGGAUACAUUGUACCGGUUGCUAUCAGAGGCUCUUGGCCUAAACCCGAGCUACCUGAUUGAUAUUGAGUGCAACCGAAGUCAGAUGAUACUGUUUCACUACUACCCUCCAUGCCUGGAGCCCGAGGUCGCCAUCGGAACAACCCAGCAUUCCGACACUGGCUUCCUCACCGUCCUUCUCCAGGAUGAGAUCGGCGGCCUGCAGGUCCUCCAAGAUGACCAGUGGAUCGAUGUCCCACCAACGCCUGGAGCGUUCAUAGUGAACAUUGGCGAUCUCAUGCAGAUGAUGUCGAAUGACAAGUUCAGAAGCGCCGAGCACAGAGUGGUGGCAAAGAAGGCUGGACCGAGGGUCUCCGUCGCAUGCUUCACCAGCCAUUCAGAUUCCACAAGGAUGUAUGGCCCUAUCAAGGAGCUGUUGUAUGAUGAGUGCCCACCGUUGUACAGGGAAACACUUGCCAAAGAUUACAUUGCGCACUACUACUCCGUCGGGCUAGGUCGCAAAAAGGCUAUUUACGAUUUCCGGCUAUAG